UCAUUGUUCUUUCAUUUAUGACCAAUGUUUUUAGAACGGCUACGAAGACUCAGAUUAUUUUGGGACGCUGUGACAUCGCCCUAUUUAUGAUAUCGCUGCGUAACUAAGGACUCGAUCAAAGUAUAUUAUGUUGCCUCAAACGUUCCAACGUUCUGUGGAACAUAGACUAUUAUGGGUUUUCCAACACACAUUUAACCACUGUCUCACGUAGCCUGUUUUAGUUUUGCUAGGCUUGACCCUGAUUUAUCCUUGACGAAUGACCAUCUUAAAUAUCAGGGAACAAGACCAAUUGAAUGCACUCUUUAAGGCACAUUCAGUCUCGGGGCCCUCAGGCCAGAGUGGGGCAGCAAAGCACCUAUGGGGCUGACUACAAGCCCCCCAGUGAUCGGCACCUCAGGCUGUUCAGGCUGCAUGCAGAGCCGUCUUGCACCACACACCAGAAGUUGGCGGAUAUGUGGGCUCAGUACUACAGACAGUGUUUCCAGACCAUUACCAACGGCCCACAGAACCCCGCCUUUGCCUUCAGUCAGAAGGGGAGAACAGUGAGGGCAGCUAUGUUGGACAGUGAGAAUGUCAGUAAGAUCCAAGUAGAAAGGACAGCUCCUCCAGAGAAGGGGCAGAGCCAGAUACCACCACAGCGUUCGAGCUCCGACUCUGGGGAACGAAGGUCGGUCUCUCCCUCUCUCUCCUCAACCUCAGUCCAUAACCCCUCCCCGUCCCGCCCCUGCAAGGAAAGAGGCAUGGACACAUGCAACAGGGGACCCGGCACUGGGGAUCACAACGACACCCAAGGACAUGGUGGAGCUGCCUCACAUCGGCAGUGGAGAAGGAAGUGAUGGGGAGCUUCCUCUGCAGGUGGAGCGGUUAAGGGCGGAGCAGUUCCGUCGGGACAUGACCCACUCAUCUAAGCUGGAAGGCCAGAUCAACCAGCGCAUAGCCACCCAGUCUAACCUCAUGCACCUAGGGCUGCCAUUCAACGGUGUGACCACCUACAGCCAGAGUUACACACACUGGGACAACCCCUCCACACUGAGAGGCCCGCAGUGCAUCUUGCCUGAAGCCACACUCAACUGGAGGGCCUGGGUGUCAGAGUACCAGGACCGGUACCAGGGCCCGGAUCACUACGUCCCUGGGCAGAGGAAGCCCCCUAGUGGCCUGAAGGAGCCCUGCACCGCCAAGUACCAGCCUGGUGCCCACACAGCAGACCAGACCCGAGGACACAUCUGCUCAGAGUAUCAGAGGCACUUCACUAAGAAGAACUACCCUGGCCUGUCCAGACCCAAGACCAGCCCUGCGUACAGACAGAACAGAGUCAACUGACCUAAACCAUCUUCAGGAUUUGACCUGCAUGGUCUCUAUUCCAUGUUCAACCUGACAAAGGUUAAUAAAAAAAUAACAUUUGAAAUAUAUUUUGACAAUUCAGAGAUACUCGUUUGUGUCGACAUUAUCAAACCCACAGCGUGAUCUUUUGAGGGGUCCUUUAGCUACAGUAAUGACAGGUUACUGGACAUGUAAUAACACAAUCAAACCUGUAUAUAAAACAAUGAACAAGACACCAAAGUCCCAGAGGGUACCUGAUCUUUAUUCCAUCAUACUUUGUCCUCGUUUGCUAAUGCAAGUCGCACACUGUGACAGGAUUUCAACUCAAGUUUUUACAUAUCAACCAAACGGAAAAACGAAAUUGUUGCCAUGGAAAUCCCUCGCAGGUCAGCUACGCCCCCGCAGCCAAAUCCCAUCCAAUCCUUCUGUACACUGCAGUCUGUCCAUCUUUCGCCAAGCCUACUUUGCCCUACACACUACCUACCCUAAAACCAGCCUCCAAGGAAAAGAAAAACAUCCAGAAAAGAGAAGACAAAAAAAGGAAACUGCAACAAUGAUCAGGGGAGAGAAAUCUCCAGCCACGAUCACCACGACGACAGACUCACACGGCUGCACUUGAGAUUGAG